UUGAAAUAUUUGGUUAUGUUUAAAAAAUAUAUAAAAAGGGGAUUUAUAAUUAUUAGGUUUUAGAGAAAAAUGGAAAAAGAACGUAACAAUACAAUCGAGGUUUGUUGUGAUAAAGACAACGCGAAGAGUGAUUACCAAAAAUCAUCCGAAAACCAAAGCAAAACAGACGAAGAAAAUGAAAUAGCGACCCAAGAAACUAAAAUACCUGAUACUGAAAAGAAAAGUGAAACAGGUAAUAUUUGUGAUCCUAAAAAUGUACAUUAUGAAAGAGAUGUUGCUGUUUACACUGACACUAAUUCUGGAUGUCAAUAUCAAUGGGAUAAGGAUAAGAAUGAAUGGGUUUUACGAAGUAAUAUAGUAUAUGGCUAUGAAGAUGACACCCAUGUGUAUACUGAUGCUGAGGGAAUAAAAUUUUUCUGGGAUAAGGAAAAAAAAGCUUGGUUCCCGAAAUUAGAUGAUGAUUUCAUGGCAGUUUAUCAAAUGAACUAUGGCUUCACAAAUAAUGUGACUAAAGAAAUUACAUCUGGUGAUGGACAAUCAAAUAUAAAUAAAAUUGAAGGUGAUAUAACAGAUGAUUCAAUAAAAGCUAAAGCGGAAAAGAGAAAAGCUUCAGAACCUUCAUGGUUUGAGGUGGAUGAAACUCAGAACACUAAGGUCUAUGUAUCCAAUUUACCAUUAGAUAUUGAUGAACAAGAAUUUGUAGACUUGAUGCAAAAAUGUGGACUUGUUAUGAGAGAUCCAACAACAGGUCAGUUUAAAAUAAAAUUGUACAAAGAUUCCAGUACAAAUGAUAUAAAAGGUGAUGCCCUUUGCAGUUACAUUAGGGUGGAAUCUGUUGAGUUAGCUUUAAAACUACUGGAUGGGUAUGAUUUCAAAGGCAAAAAAUUAAAAGUGGAACGUGCAAAAUUUCAGCUAAAAGGAGAAUAUGAUCCAAAACUUAAACCCAAAAUGAGAAAAAGGAAAGAAAAAAUGAAAUUAAAGAAGCAACAAGAAAAACUAUUUGACUGGAGACCUGAAAAGAAGGCGGGCGAGAAGACAAAACAUGAACGAGUUGUAAUUGUAAAGAACCUGUUUGAACCAGAUAUCUUUGAUAGAGAUGUCGGAUUAAUUUUAGAAUUUCAACAGGAUUUAAGGGAGGAAGCUGGUAAAAUUGGAGAAGUACGCAAAGUUGUAAUUUAUGACCGACAUCCAGAAGGUGUUGCUCAGAUAACCAUGGGAAAUCCUGAGGAGGCAGAACAAGUUGUGUCUAUGAUAAAUGGCCGAUUCUUUAUGAAGCGGCAACUGCAGGCUGAAGUUUGGGAUGGCAAAACUAAAUAUAAGAUAGCUGAGACUGAUUCUCAAAUAACACAAAGGUUGGAAGGGUGGGACAAGUUUUUAGAGGGAGAAGAAAUUGAAAAUAAAAAUGAGGACAAACCUGGUGGUGAAAUAAAAUAAUGAUGCUGUUAAUAUUGUUUAUUUUAUUUUUUCACUUACAUGUUGCCAGAACUGGUUAUGAAACAUUAACAUGACAUGUACAUAUAAGCCCGUUUUUGCUUUGCUAAAAUGUUGUUUUUCUAACGAAAGUUUCCAAUGCAAAAGAAUUUUUCGAAUAGCGAAAUUUCAAAUUUUGUUGCUCUUUAAAAUGUGAAAUUCUUCAACAGUACCACCUUUUUUGGAUACCUGUGCAUUGUUGGCAAACCAUACAUUUCAGUUCUGCAAUAUUUUUGAAAUUACUUAAUCUAAUCAGCUAGAAAAGAGAAAGUUAAUUAUUAGGAAUGGAAAAAGGGGUAAACAAUAGUUAAAUAUUUUUAAUAUUUGUUUAAUAUGUGUUAAAAAAAAGUAAACAAUGGGAUGUACCUAAUAUACCUUUGUUCAGAUCUUAUUAUACUUAAUCUUAAUACUCCAAUAUUGUAUAUACAAAUACGAAUACUUUAUUAAUGUUACUAUCACAGAUGAUUUACAUACAUCAAACAAAAAGGUAUAAAAUAACAUAUACUUAAAAUGGACUUGGUACAUUAUAAUUGAAAUAUAAAUAUUCAUCAAAAGAAUAAAAAUGUUGAUUAAUUAAAAAUCGUCUGACUGUACAUACAUACAUAUCAAAUGGUAACAGCAUUUGGAAGCGCAUUAAAAAACUUAACGGACCAAUAAUUUGGACCAGUUUGACACCUCCCCAAGCGGCAGUAAUAAGUGGUAAAUAGACGCAAAUUUUUCUUUAUAAAUAAUAGAUUUUCGUAUAUAGGUGUGAAUGAAAAAAUACAAAAUAUGCAGUCUUUAACACACCAGGAGAGACAUUUUCAAGCGUCGAAGCAAAUACAAAUUCUUGGUCAGUUUUUGAGCAACAAAAUCCAUAUGGGAGUCCCACUGAAGUUUAGGGUUUUGAAAUCUGGUAUUUAUUUUAUUAAAAUUAACUGUACUUAAAUUUCGCAUGGAAAAACCGACUCUCUCGGUUUUAUCAUUAUUUAAAACUAAUUUAUUUGCACUAAACCAGUGUUCAGCCUUUUUCUGUGACAUUCUUGAACUCUCCAACGUGUCUCCUAAUGCAUCCCCAGAAACAGACUCAGUGGCGUCAUCAACAAAAAGUGUGUAAACAUAUGUAGAAUCCACAAGGAGGAGGUCAUUUAUAUGCAUUAAAAAUAAUAUGGGAGCGUAAAUGGAGCCUUGGGCACUCCAAUGUUCACGUCACUCUUUGCUGACGCCGCUCCAGAGUACUUAAUCUAUUGUUAAGGUAAAAUUGCAUCAAACUAAGACUGCUAUUUGAAAAAUUGUAAGCCUUUAACUUGCGCAGAGAUGAGAAAACAAAAUAAUAGAGUUAUAUUGCCAAUUCUGGAAUGCAUCUGUAAUGAUCUGAAAAAGUGUUUCUAUUUCUUCUAAAACCAAACUGAUUAUUAUUAAAUAUGGCAAAUAUUGAACUAAUUGUUUAGCUAUACAUUUCUCUACAAUUUUUGAAACAAUUGGAAGUAGAGAUAUAGGUCGAUAAUUUUCAACAUCAGGGUUACUUUUUUUAAAUACUGGUAUUACUAGAGCUUCUUUUUAAAAUGUCUGGCAAAGUGUUGGCUUGAAUACUUAAAUUUAUAAGUUUUGUAAGAGGCAGUAAUAUUUCAUUCUUGACAGACCUUAUUACUCGCGUGCUUAUGCUAAAUACGUUUCGACUAUUUUUAUUUUUGACAUGAUUUUGAUAUGAUUUCCCUAACUUCAUUAGAAACUAAAUUUUAUCCAAAUCUGAAAUGGGAUCUAUAUUGGACGCAGUACCCUUACUUACAAGAGACUGACCUAUAUUUGCAAAAUAAAUGUUGAAUUCAUCAGCAGUUAGGAUAUCUGAUGGCUUUCCUGUACGGAUUGCUCGAUUUUAUUUAUAACAUCCCACAUGCAUUUGGACUUGUUAGUUGAUGAAUGUAUCAAAUUAUCAUUGGUUUCGAUCUUAGCUUUAUUUAUUGUAGCUCGAUAAAGCUUUUUAUAUUCUUGGUAUUGAGAGAAUAUUAGUGCUGUAUUGCCUAAACAAUUCGGAAAGUUGUUAUAGCCCGCAAAUUGUCAUUAAACCAAUUAAUAUUAUUAGAGUGGUCAGAAUGCACAACCUACAUUUUCCAUAAAAUUAGUAAAUUUAUUAUCACUUACGUUUAA